UAGACACGGGCUACCUACUGCUUAUGGCACGUGAUCACACCCCGUUUUCGUGAAUCUUAUGUGUGAGUCAUAAUCCGUUCCUUUUCUGCUGUGGUUUGAAUCGAACAAAAAUACCAAUCCAAAUACAACGCCCUCAUAAGAAUCAACAUGACCUUUACACCUACCAAGCCACCUAUUCUUCUCGUCGUUGACCUUCAUCAGAUCGAGGUCGAUCCGCCCUCUUCCUGGGGCCCGCGCUCUACUCCCCACCUCACUUCCAAUGUAUCAACACUUCUCAGUACCUUCCGUAAACAUUCGUUUCCAAUAAUCCAUAUCCAUCAUCACUCGAAUGACCCCAAGGAUGAACUGUACCCUAUCGACGCCAACGCUAGCUUUAUCGCACCGCAUGCUUGCGCGGCCCCUUUACCAAACGAGCCCAUUCUCAUCAAGAACACUGGCAGUGCAUUUGCGUCUACCAAACUGAACGAUACUGCCCAUGAGCUAGAUUGUAAAGGCAGAGAGAUGGUGGUAAUUGGAAUGGAAGGUGCAAAAUGUAUUAACAGCACCGUGAGGGAUGGGAGCGAUUUAGGAUUGAACAUGAUAGUCGUGGUGGAUGCAUGUGCGUCGUUUGGAAUUGAUUAUCUCAAGAAGGAAAAGUUAGAUGCUGAGGAGGUACAUAAAGUGGCAAUGGGGAUCUUGGACGGGUAUGCUAGGCUCGUUGAGACGGAUGAUCUAGUUGAAGAAUUGAGGAAAUGGGACGAGAAGAAUAGCCUCGGUCUCUAAAUUACAGGCGAGCUAAAGGUGAGGGAAUAAAUUGUCUUCAAUUUUCGACCUUUCCAGCCAGAGUCUUCUGCUUCAUCUUGCCGUGGAAUUGAAUAGCCCAUAUUGUAAUUGUGAGGAAUUGAGGUCCGCGUUGAAGCCAUUGGAUUUUCAUGGGUAUCUUUUUCGUAACUUCUGAGAUUUACCUUCACACCAUGUAAUCAGAAAUGAAUAGAUACCCAAUCUAAGCACUCCGCAAGUCUCCACCGC